GCGAGCUCUGGGCUGCGGCAGGUGUUUGACUUCCUGGGCUUCAUGUGGCUGCCCAUCCUCGCCACCUUCUUCCACGUCAUCUUCGUCAUCUUCGGCUUCUUUGGCGCCUACCAGAGCAAGUCCAAGUACAUCGUCACGUACGUGGUGUGGUUGGUGGCGUGGUUGACGUUAACGGGCCUGGGUGUGUGCCCGUGUACCCCGUGGACUUCACGGGUCUGGACUUGUCCCGCCCGUUGCGGCCUGAACGGGUCGACGGUUGCCUGCUGAGCUACGAGUACGUCGAGACCGUGCAGGCGGCCCUUCAGUGUCUGCUGGCGUGCCUUCUCAUUAAGCUGGCCCUCAUUAAUCUGUUUGUGUGUGCAGGUCAGGGCAAGACGAGGGCCACGUCAAUCUACUCCGUUGAGUACAGCCCCAACAACGAGGACAGUGGGGACUCUAUAGACCUGGAGUCCCCAGCGCUAGGAACGCUCACCAGCCAAUACAACAGCACCAACAGCUCCUUCCUGCCUCCUCCCCCAGCCUCCGGGGACACGGCGGGGCCGCAGGCUUCAUCAACCCUAACCCCAAGAAGGGUUAAGAGGCAUCACCGUAACCGAAGCAGUUCUAGAUCCCGAGGUCAUCAGGAUACCAGGACCCGAGGCACAGCCCCGGCACAUCCAACCCCCGAGACCAACUUUGCCAACAACUACACCAGCGGCAGCGUUGGGUCUCUGGCGGGAGUUGGCGCGCGCACUGGUCGCAACUCCCACAGGAGGUCGGCUCGUAAUAACGCCAGUGGACGAGGCCGUAACAGAUCCCAGUAUGUGAACCCCGUAACCCAACUGAUGGAUGACUCAUCCACCAGCACAGAUUGCCCACCAGCGGUUGCUGGUGGGGUAGUGGGGGCUGUAGGGGGUGUAGGUCCCAGCGGCAGGUUGGGGCACUCGAACCCCAUGUACGUACACUCGAGGCCCGUGUCACUGCACUCCCUGGCGUCUACGGCUGCAGUUCCUGACCCUGUGGAGCGCCCUCCCUCCGUCCACUCCUCCUAUUCUAACUAUCACGGUGUACGCGCUGCUAUUAACCAAGCCAACCUCAAUCAAAUUAACCUGAGGGCGUCCGCGGAUGAUCUGGCAAGUAGUACUGCCCCAGGUAUGCUAGGUAACUUUCCUCAUGGUAGUGGGGGACUGCAGUUUGGACGCGCCCUUCCCCACCAGGCGGGGAAGGGGCUUCGGGGCUCGCAGAAUUCAAUCCUCAGUAACUCCGAACAGCGGCGAACAGCCCUGACUGCUUCAGAAAUCAGAGUUCCGGACACCGCGAUUCCCUCAAGUACUUCCAACUUUUCUAAUGUCCCUCCCACCACGUCCAUUGUUGGACCAUCAGCAGGUAAUGCCCUUACACCUGCAGGUGGUCGUGGUAACUAUGUACCAGCUGCCACAGUCGUGCACCAGCUGUCCCCCUCCAUCUCCACGAGCGAGUCUCUGCACAACUCGACCGUCAGCAGCGGCGUCGCGAGCCCUUCUCGCCUACACCAACAAACUGCACUACAACAACAACAACAAAACAAUUUUCUGCAGCAACAGCAAGCACAACACCAGCAGCAUCAUCAACAUCCACACCUGCAACAACAACGACAACAGUUCCAGCAACACUCACAGAUCCAGCAGAGCCAAUACAACCAAGCUCUUCAGCAACAUCAUCCACUGCAACAACAGCAGCCACAAAAAUAUCAACAACAGAAUCAGGCGCCACCAACAAUCCAAUACCACCAAAGCAAUAACAACCAAUAUUACGACCAGACAAAUGGUCCCGGUAACACUAAUUUCAAUAACCAGAAACCGAAUACUCAUUUUAAUUUUCCUGUUAAUAGAAUAAUGGGCAGCCAGUUUCCGCAGUAUUCCCCACCAACCCCCGCCUCCCCUUCCCCCUCCUCCCCCCCGUACUCCACGGUGUUCGGGGCCGUGCCGCGGGCAGACGAGGACGACGAGGUUCCUCCCCCGUACGUGGGGAACAUUUGACAAGCACCCGGAGGUGGGGAGGUCAUCCCCGCCUCCGGUUCUCGUGUACUCAACCAACCCCAGCCCCUGCCAUCUCCUCCGCC